CAGUCCUGAGCAAUCAAAGUAGAUUGUUCCCCGCCAUUGCCCAUGAUGCUCUUCACCACCCUCCUGUUGAGCGCCUUUGCCGCUGGCUACCAUUUGCCUGAGCCUCCCAAUUGCAGUGAAGAAGAACUCAUGAACGGCUACAAUCACACUCUUCGUGGCGGGUGGAUGGACCUCAGUAUGUACACCACAUGGCCCCGCCGCCUCGGCCAUAUCGGCUGGAAUUCAGCGGCAGGCAUUUGCACGGAAAAAAAUCUGGCCAAUGCCUCCGGAAAUGAAUCACACCCCGCUUUCUUCUGUAUCAGCACCCCGCUUUCUUUAUUCAGCCAGUGCCUCCGUGUCAAGAAAUCGAUCCCUUUGAACGUGACCAAUGUUCUUUCGUCCUGCCACGACUUUGAAUCCAUUGGAACGGACGUCCUGAAAGAGGCGAAGUUUCCUUUCGAGAGUCGCUUCUGCCACAAGUCCCUGCAUGGUGACCUCACGAGGGUCCUUUUAGUGGGGACUCGUCAAGGUGCGGAGCGAUGGAUUGUGGAGACUUGCCAUUGGAUGAAAACAAGGAUGUGCCACAACCCUGAGAUGAUGAUCAUUCAGAAUUUUGUACCGGGAUCAGGUUGAUUCUAGUAAUGCGACACUGGGACGCUCCCGUCUUAGUUGUACAGUGUACAGGAUGACGCGCAGUUUGUCCCUGAACGUGACACUGGCGUGCUUCAUUGCUUUCUUUUGCCUGCACGGGAUGAGAGGUUCCCAGCUUGACGCUGACCGCCACGUGGUUGCUCUGCAAAA